CUAUCUUUUAUUGCUCCAAUAAUUUCUGAAGGUUCCCCUGUAGCUGUGCUUGAUAAUGUUGAUAUAGCUAAGAUGUCUGCUAUUUGGGAUGCUGCGUUGAUAAUGUAUGUUGUUGGAGACAAACCAUCAAUAGGAGCAGUUAUUAGAUAUAUAGCGAAUGAAUGGAAGAAUGUUAGCAAACCUCAGGUGUUUCUCCAUGAUGAUGGCUAUUUCAUAGUCAAAUUUGGCUCCAAGAAGGACAGAGAUGUAGUACUGGUGGCUGGUCCACAUACCUUUUUUGGUAGGCCAAUGAUCACAAAACCAUGGACUGCAAGCUUCAAUUUCAAAGAGGAGGUACUUAGAGUUAUUUCUGUUUGGGUGAGAUUACCUAAUCUACCAUUGUGUUGUUGGGGGCCUGAUUCCCUUAGCAGGAUUGGUAGCUUGAUUGGUGUUCCUCUCUUUGCUGAUGAGUGCACUUCCAAGCAGCUUAGGAUCUCCUUUGCUCGAAUGUUGAUUGAGUAGAUGUCACUAAAGACAUGCCUAAAUCAGUGCUUAUCCAGGAUUCUACAGGUCGCUCCUUCACACUAAAAGUGGAUUAUGACUGGCUUCCCUCAUUUUGUAAAGACUGCAAGGUGAUUGGGCAUGAUUGUCAAGUGAAAAAGAGUAAUGCUACUAGAUUCCAACCUGCAGUUCAUAUGCCUAAGAAAGUAAACAAGGUGUGGAAACCAAAAAAAGUUCAAGCAGAUGCUGUAAAGCCUAAUCAUGAUGCUCCAGUGAUUGAUAGAGUAGUGGAUGAGAAGGAUGCUGAGACAGAACAUACUCCUAGUGGCCAGAAUGAACAACAAAAUGUUCAAGAUGAUGGAUGAAGGGUUGUUUCAAGGAGGAGGAGAGAAUCUAGAACACAUGAAAGUUCCCUUGGUCUUGCUCAAGUGCAUACUGUGGUUGACAUUGCACCAGAGUUCUCUCUAGAUGAGGAUGGAGUGGGAGGGGGGGGGGGAGAAUGAAUACCCACCAUGAUAAUCUGCUCCUGGAAUGUGAAGGGUCUUAAUGACCCUAGUAAGGUGGUGGAGGUUAAGAAGAUUUUGAGUCGGCAUAAUAUUAGUGUUAUUGCUAUUAUUGAAACUAGAAGGAAAGAAGGAAAUGCACAAAGAAUUCAGAAUAAAUUUGGUUCUGCCUGGCUUUGGGAGAUGAACUACACUUGUUCUCCUAAAGGUAGGAUAUGGAUUGGAUGGAAACACAAUAGGGUGAACUUUCAGUUGAUUAGGAAGACUGAUCAGACUAUUCAUGGAGAUCUGAGUGAUAAAGAUGGGCUGUUUAGUGUGUGUUUUACUGCAGUGUAUGGGCUCCACACCAUUGAGCAUAGGAGACCAUUGUGGAAUGAGUUAGUGAAUCUUAGUGCAGUUUUGACAAAACCAUGGCUAAUCAUGGGAGAUUUCAAUUCUGUGCUGUUUUCAGGUGAUAGGGUAAAUGGAAAUCCAGUUCAGAUUGCAGAAACAAAAGAUUUUGAAGAGUGUAUUCAGGCAGCUGGGAUCACUGAACUUAAAAGUUGUGGUAAUAUGUUCUCCUGGAGUAAUAAAGGCCAAGGUGAUCAAAGAAUAUCCUCUAGAAUUGACAGGGCCUUUGGGUGCUGUGAUUGGCAGAGUAUCUUUACUGAAGUGUGUGUGGACUAUUUGAAUCCUGGAAUCUCAGACCACUCUCCCCUUUUACUGGACUGUAAUAUUGCUCAUCAUCAAGGUAGCAGACCCUUCAAGUUCUUUAAUUACAUGGCUUCUCAUGAGCGUUUUAGGCAGGUUGUACAGGAAGGGUGGGACACUCCUGUUGUUGGCACUGCUAUGUUUCAAGUGUGGCAGAAGUUGAAAGCUGUUAAGAAGGGCCUUAAGCAUCUCCAUCAUAAGCAUCUCCAUCAAAGCUGUUAAGAAGAGUGUGCUUGGAAGCAAAAGUCAAGAAUCCAGUGGCUGCAAACUGGUGACUCAAAUUCAAAAUUCUUUUUUAAUGCUAUGAAAGAGAGGCAUGCCAAGAAUAGUAUUGAUAUCCUUUAUGAUAGUCAAGGGGUAAAGCUAACCAAGUCCGAAGACAUUAAAAAGGAGAUCAGUACCUUUUACCAUGAUCUAAUUGGCUCUGCUGCUCCUUCAUUAGAGGGCAUUAAUAUUUCAGUUGUGAGGAAAGGGAAACAAUUGUCUGCAGAUUCUGCACAGGCUCUAGUUCAACCUGUUACUACCUUGGAGAUAGAUCUAGCUCUGAAAGGUAUUGAUAUCAACAAAGCUCCAGGGUUAAAUGGGUUUAACAUUCAGUUAUUCAUUUCUACAUGGGAUAUUCUGAAGGAGGACAUAUAUAGAGCUGUACAAGAAUUCUUUGCCACAGGGAGAAUGUUGAAACAGGUCAACAACACAGCAGUUACUGUGAUUCCUAAGGUGCAGAAUGCUACCAAUAUCAAGGAUUUCAGACCUAUUGCCUGUUGUUCAGUUGUGUACAAAUUAAUCUCAAAAAUUCUAACUCACAGAAUGUAAUCAGUCAUUGGGGAUGUGGUGAAUAAUGCCCAAGCUGGCUUCGUUCCAGGCAGGAAUAUUGCUGAUAAUAUCCUGUUAGCUACUGAACUAGUGAAGUGUUAUUCCAGGAAACACAUUUCUCCUAGAUGUAUGAUCAAAGUGGAUCUAAAAACGGCUUAUGACUCCCUUAAGUGGCCUUUUCUUAAGUCUAUGAUGCAAGAGUUAGGUUUUCCAGAUUUGUUUAUCAAGUGGGUGAUGCAAUGUCUCAGUACUGUUUCUUAUUCAAUUUUGGUGAAUGGCUUUCCAACUAUGCCUAUUCCUGCAAAGAAAGGCUUGAGGCAAGGUGACCCUAUGUCUCCUUAUCUUUUUGCCUUGGGAAUGGAAUAUUUAUCAAGAAGUCUUGCUGUUGGCACUUCAGAGGGGAGGUUCAAUUUUCAUCCAAGAUGUAAAAAGUUGGGGAUUUCUCAUAUGAUGUUUGCUGAUGAUUUGCUGAUGUUUGCUCGAGCAGAUGUGCCUUCUGUUAAUUCCUUGUUUGGUGCCUUUCUAAAAUUUUCUGCUGCUUCUGGUCUUAGUGCAAAUUUACAUAAAAGUGAAGUUUAUACUGCUGGUAUUCCUGCUGAUGUGGAGACACAGAUAGUUGAUGCUAUUGGUAUCCAAAAAGGUUCCUUUCCUUUUAGAUACCUGGGGGUUCCCCUUAACACCAGGAAACUGAGAUAUGUUGAUUGUAAGACUCUUAUUGAGAAAAGUAGUGCAAGAAUUAGAAGCUGGACUGCAAAGUUCCUAUCUUAUGCAGGGAGACUGCAACUAGUUAAAUCUGUUCUUUUUGGUAUGCAGCUAUAUUGGUGUCAGAUUUUUGUCAUGCCAAAGAAAGUGAUGAAGGAGAUUCAGCAACUGUGUAGGUGUUUCUUGUAGACAGGCUCUGAUUUGGGGUCUAAGAAAGCACCUGUAGCUUGGGAUGACAUGUGUCUUCCCAAAAGUCGUGGAGGGUGGAAUUUGAAGAAUUUGGUAACCUGGAAUAAAGCUGCCGUGUUAAAGCAUUGUUGGGCACUUUCAAUUGGGUGAAAUGGAUUCACUCCUACUAUGUGAAACAUCAUGACUUCUGGACCAUGCCUGUCCCUAAUGGGCUCACCUGGUCUCUGAAGAAGAUUUGGCAACAGAGGGAUAUUUUGGUGCAAACUGGUGGGGUGGAUCAGUUCAUUGUGAAUGGGAAAUUCAAGAUUAGCAUAAUGUAUAAGGCUCUUCAUACUGGUGGCAUUCAGGUACAAUGGAAAGAAUAGUGUGUAAUAGCAAAGCCAGUCCUAAGGCUACCUUCAUCACUUGGCUGGCCCUGCAGAAUAGGUUACCUACUAAAGAUAGGUUGUUAUCAUGGAACCUCAAUAUUAAUGGUGUUUGUGAAUUCUGUCAGGUGCAGGAUGAGAAAUUGUCUCAUCUGUUCUUCGAGUGUCAUUACUCUCAUGAUAUCUGGAAAGCAGUGUUGAUGUAGUUGGGAAUUCAAAGAAACAUCAUUAGCUGGCACGAAGAGGUUCAGUGGGCAGCAGUCAAAAGUAGAAGUACAAAGAAGAAGGAUCAGCAUUGUAGUGUAGCUUUUAUUGAAACUGUUUAUGCAGUUUGGCUUCAGAGAAAUGCUAGUGUGUUUAUUAAGAAGCUUGAUCCUGUAGACAGUGUUGUUAGAAGGAUUCUCUUCAUUGUAGAUUGCAGGAAUCAGUAGAUGUCCUGAUUCGGUGUAGUUAGUUGUGGUGUUCCCUUGAGGGGGAACUGCUGUUUGUUGUCUCUGUUGUGAGGGUGUUCUCUCUUUGGUAAUAUAAUUCUCUAUUAUUUGCCAAAAAAAAAAAAACAUUCUUUACUUAGAUUUAUUCACAUGGGUCGAAUAUCUCCUAAGGAGUCUUUCGUGUUAGAUUUAGUAAAUGCCAUUACUUAAUCCAAAAUAAUAUUCUAAGAUCUUUGUAAAUGGAUCUUAAUACCCAUUAUGUACUAAGUUUCGCCUUGGUCCAUCAUUGAUAAAUAAUUUCAAAUCUAAGUUAUUAGGAUUUGAAUGUUAUUUCACAAUAGAGAGAUAUGUGUGUGAUACACAUAGGACCAAUUAAGUUUUAUGUACUCCCACUAAACUUUUUAUAUAUAUAUAAGAAUCAUGUAAAUUUUAUGAAACUAAAAUACUUAUUAGCUGCAUUAAAAUACAGUUCUAAUUCUCAAUUGCUUGCUUAAAUUUGUACUUAGAUUUCAUAAGCUAGCUUUCCUUUUCAAGUAUUUAUUUGGAUCCACAAAUCCUAUGACAUACCAUGUACAUAGUUUUUUCCAACAUUUGAUUGAGGAAUACGUUUUGUCAUCCAAUUGACAUAUGUACCAAUAUGCAAUCAUUGCUUGAAUUAUAGACUUGAGCAUUACGAUUAUGCAUGAGGUUUCAGCACAAUCCAUGCCAUGAAUUUGCUUGUAAGCUUUAGCAACUAAUCUAACUUUGUGUGAGAACACAAUUCCAUGUUUGAUGGUUUUUAUCCUUAAAACCAAUUUGCAACCAAUAGAUGUAAACCAUUUUUGCAAAUCAACAAAAUUUCAAUUUUGUCAUCAAAACAUUAUGUUUUAUGGCCUUUAACCAUCUAAAACAUCCGAAUCUAUAUAUGGCCUCUAACCAUUUUAGGGAAUAUAGGUUUCGUCAUAGCUUUCUUACAAGUCACAAACUUAUUAAUCUACAUGAUAAUAGUUUGACUGCAAGUUGUAGGUUUCUUCACUAUCUAAUAGAAGAAUCGCAUGGCUUCAGUGACCUGAACUCCAUGAUUCUUCACUAUCUAAUAGAAGAAUCUCAUAGUUUCAGUGACUUGAACUUUAUACCUACUUGGGUAUAGAACAUCGAUCAAAAAAUAGAAUAUCAACAGGCACUUUGAGAGUCCUUUGAAUAUUCUGUUCUCCUUGAAGCACUUGUAAAAUCUUCUACAAGAUGUCUAUUCUUUAAAGCCACUUCUAAAGUCCUUAAAGAAUACGUGUUCGGAUUUAUCUAAAGAACUUCGAACAGCCUUCGAAAUGUCCGUUUAUGUUUGUUGUUCGCCUCGAAGACUUUCGAGGUCUAUUUUCUCCCACUUGUCAUUUUGGAAACGAAUCUCCAAAAGGACAUUAUUUCGAGCAAACAAACAUUAUGUUCUCAAAAAUUCGUGGUAGAAAUGAAGGAAAUAUGUCCUUCACCCAAGGUGCAUUAAGUCUAAUACCAAGGUUCAGAUUAAUUGCGAACAAUUAAUUCAGUGAGAUCAAGUGAUCGUAACAGCUAGCUGGAGCAAUGCUUCCGAUCAGUGAGUUCUAAUGGAUAUUGAACUCACAACUUACUCUUGACUGAACCUACAAGGUCACACCAAUGACACGUAACAGAUCACCGGAUUAAAUGAAUCGGAAAUUCAUUUAAUAGCUUUUCGGAAAUUAGUUGGAAACGUAUUAUACGAUACGACCUAUGUCGGAAUCGUAUAUCGUAUCGCGAAUAUUCGUAAGCUAGGCGUGGCGAAUAAAUCGUAUCGUACGACGGUGAUUCGUCGUAUACGAAACGAUAAAUAAUAUAUCGGAAAUAUAUUAAAUCGCGAAUACAAAGGGCAUCGGAGUUGCCGGCCCGUCGAGCCAAGCACGUAAACGUGCAAGGCCCAACGAGCCAGCAAGCUCGCAAGCCAAGGCACGCGAGGCAAGCCCAUUGGGCGCGAGCACGCAGCAGCAAGCAAUAGCGCAACAGCAGCGACGAGCGAGCAAGGCCCACGGCCCAGCUGCUCGGCGCGCGUGCUGUAGGCUUCGGCCUGCAGUGUGUCGCUGGGCACGCGGGCGUGUGUCCGUUGCUUGGCUCGCACGGCUUGCUAGCCGACCUUGCUUCUUGCUUGGUCGGUUAGUAAGGUUAAUGAUAUAACCUUGCAACCUAGUGUCCAACACACACACACUUCAUAUUACUCAAACCCUAGAGACAAACACAGAGAACCCUAAUUCUCUCUGUGCCUCCAAAGUGAGUUCUUCCCAAAAGCAAAGUAUCUUGAUCAAUUGUCUAAGCUACGAUUAUCAAGACGGAUCUGAUCGUGUCGGUGAACCAAGUAGAGGAACGACAAGUGGAGUUCUUUGUUCGUGUUCGUUGACAGAUUAUUGUGGAAAACACGCUUCGAAUGCCCCACUUCCGGAUUAUGGUGGCGACGAUGUUGAUUAUAGUUAUCUAUUUGCAACAAAUGAAAUAUUCGAUGGAUUUGAAAACUCAGCGAAUUGGGCAAAGCAAGUGGCUAUCGGAUCGGGGUUCAUAUUGAUAAGUAGCUCGUACAAAACGACGCAAAAAGAUGGUCGUAAGUACCGCUACUUGAAAUGCGAUCGGGGAAGGAGGGAAAACAAUUGUAGGGAUCCAGAGACCGCAAAACGACCAAACACAAAGAGUAAGGCAUGUGGUUGUCGGUUUAUGAUUAAGUGUGAACAACAACGAGUAGAAGAAAAUAAUUGGGUUAUUGAGUUGCUUCAUGAUCGUGGCACACAUAAUCACACAUUGAUUGUAUAUCCCGAGGGUCACCGUGGUGUUAGUGGUCUGCGUAUCAUUAAUUUGAAUGUAAUUGGUCUAAAGUACCAAAAUUGUUUUUCAAUUCAAAUAUGGUCUGCGUACCAUCAAAUAGUUGUAAUUAGUUUAAUUAUAGCUUAUCCUAUUUGAAGAAAAUGGUGCCUCCCACGGAGAUUUUCGAGACGGACUUUGAAGUUGAAGCUUCAAGAUGAAGUCGGGCCAUACUAGAUCACAUUUAUCUUAUGAAUGCUUUAAGUUAUUUAUUGCUUUAAAUAUGUCUUAAUUAUGCAUGAGAUUGUGGCUUUAUUAUGUUGCAAUGAUUAAGGAUUUUAGUA